UACUUUAAGCAAUGAACCGAGAGUUGAAAUCAUUAGUGCUACACUGUCGUCGCUCUGCUACGGACGUUACCCGACCUGUGUUCGAAAACCAUGGUGAACCCGAUUCUCUACACCCUGCACCUGAGUCCUCCGUGCCGAGCGGUUGAACUAACCGCCAAGGCGUUGGGACUCCACCUUGAUCAACGAGUGGUCAACCUGAUGGCUGGAGAUCACCUGAAGCCGGAGUAUUUGAAGAUGAACCCUCGUCACACCGUCCCGGUUCUGGACGACAAUGGUACCAUUGUGUACGAAAGUCACGCCAUUAUGAUCUAUCUGGUGUCAAAGUACGGCAAGGACGAUAGUCUGUACCCCAAGGAUCUCGCCAAGCAGUCGAAGGUCAACGCAGCGUUGUUCUUCGAGUCGGGAGUUCUGUUCGCUCGCAUGCGAACGAUUACGUAUCCGAUCUUCCUGGAAGGUUGCCGCGAGAUUCCAUCGGCGAAGGCAGAAGAUGUUCGCAAGGCUUACCAACUGCUUGAGGAUACCCUCGUGGAGAGCUAUGUCGCUGGAAGUUCGCUUACGAUUGGUGACUUUAGCUGCAUAUCGACCAUUUCUUCGGCUAUGGGCUUCAUUCCGAUCGAUCGGACCAAGUUUCCGAGGAUCCACGGAUGGAUCAACCGGCUGAAGGAACUACCGUAUUACGAGGAGGCCAACGGUGGCGGUGCUACGCAGCUAUCGACGGAAGUGCUGAAGUUGCUCGAGAAGAGGAAUUGAUACCUUAGGGAUAGUGAAUUGCAAAUAGUGUACGCAAAUAAACAAUAUUAGGAGUACACUUGAGUGGUGGAUGACUCGCAGUAAAA